UUGGUUGUUUUACCUAGCCUCGAGUGUGAUGGCUACUUGUAUUGUGUUCAUAUAGUAUAGUAAACUUUGUUAAACUGGAACCUUGUCGUUGUGUCAUUUGGAGUUAACAUUGGUAGCAGAGGAUGGCUUCUAACUACAACGUGCCACCUCGCUUCGACGAGAAGAGGUCGUACGAAAGUUGGAAAAAUGAACUGGGAAUCUGGAUACGCUUACUAAUCUGGAGGCGAAAAAGCAAGCACUUGCGGUGGUAUUAUCGCUGGAGGGAAGAGCGAGAGAUACAGCACUGGAAAUAUCCCUGGAGGAUUUGAACAAGGAUGACGGUAUGGGAACUUUGAUCACAGCACUGGAUUCUGUAUUUCUCAAAGAAGAGAAAGACCGUGCCUACGAGGCAUAUUCAAACUUUGACAGUGUUACGAGAGAUUUUUCGGUUGCAAUGGCGGACUACAUCAUUGAUUUCGAACAGAGGUACAAUAGAAUGCGCAAGUACGACAUGGUUCUCCCAGAUGCAGUGUUAGCAUUCAAGUUACUAGAUACUGCUUGUCUAGAUGGUAGGGAGAAACAGUUGGCUUUGACUGCUUGUACUGUGCUGACUUUUGCAUCUAUGAAGUCGGCACUAAAAAGAAUAUUUGGUGAGAAGACGUCUUACAUCGAGCAGCACAGAAAAGGCGCCAACAAGUCACGUUCUCAAGACAACCAGAAGAGGGCGCCAUUUCCAGGCACAAAUCCACUGGACAAAAAUGGAAGGAGAUCAAAAUGUGCUAUUUGUCAAAGCACUUACCAUUGGGUUAAAGACUGUCCUCAUAAAAAUGAACAAGUUAAACUAACAGAGGAAAAUGUAAACACAGAGAUAGAGCAGUGUAACAUUACACUGUUUUCAAAUGAAUCUGCUUUUGAUACUGAGAUUUUUAUAGUUGAAUCCUUAGGAUCUGCUGUGAUUGAUACUGCAUGUACACGGACAGUGUGUGGUGCAAAAUGGCUUGAUAGCUAUGUCAGUGAACUAAAUAUGAAAGAAGUACAAAAUAUGAUUGACACACCAAGCAACAGAGCUUUCAAAUUUGGAGAUGGGAGAAUUGUCCAUUCUACCAAGAGAGUUAAGAUACCAGCAAAAAUUGGUCAGACUAAGUGUCACAUUGAAACAGAGGUGGUCCCUACAGAUAUCCCCUUACUAUUAAGCAAAGCUUCCCUCAAGAAGGCAGGGGCUGUACUAGACAUAAAAAAUGACCAGGCAGUGAUGUUUAAACAACCAGUGACUCUUGAACUUACUACCUCAGGCCACUAUUGUGUAAACAUUUUAGACAAAGACAUCACACAGACUCCAUGCAAAAAUGAGAUUCUGACUGACACAGAGAACAUGACCACUAAAGAAAAACACAAAGUAUUGUUAAAGCUUUACAAACAGUUUGGACAUGAUACAGUUGACAGACUUCAGAAGUUACUCAGCAGUUCAGGGAAUAAUGAUGAUGAGAAGUACGAAACUGGAAACAAAGUGUACUACAAACGAGUUGACUGUCAAGAGUGGAAAGGACCGGGAGUAGUCAUUGGUCAAGAUGGUGUGGUGAUAUUUGUGAGGCACGGAGGCAUUACUGUCAGGGUGCAUCACUCAAGAUUGCGGAAAGUAAAUGAUCAACAAGAUAGAGGGGCUGUUGCUGAGAAUCAGUCUCCUAAUGAAAAUGACAAAAAGGACACAGUAACAGACACAAACCUACCAGAUGUCGCAUCCAAUGAUAUGGACACUGAAACUGACACAAGAAAUGGAGCAGAGACCUUCAACCAUGCCACAGGUAAUACUGUUGAGCGUUCAAAUGAGGAAAACAUUCAACAGCCACAUGUGUUAAGAGAACAUGGUUGUUCCAAUCUGAAAACUGGACAAACUGUUAAAUACACGGACAGAGAAAGUGGUAUUCCACAUACAGGAACCGUAAUUGGACGAGCAGGAAAUGCAAGACACAAGAGCUGGUACAACUUGCAGUACUCUGAACCAGCUACACUUUCUGGUACAACAGGGUCAGCUGACCUGCCACUUGUAGAUAAUAUCAGAAUUGAACCAAUGGGAAAUCGAGAAGAACAGCAUGACAUUCAAAAUGAUGAUGUACUUGAAACAAAGGAUGUGUCAUUUGACUCAGCUAAGCUAGAUGAGCUCAGUAAUUGGAGGAAAAAUGGAGUGUUUGAGGAAGUCAAAGACAUUGGCCAAAAGUGUGUCUCAACAAGGUGGGUGUGUACCCUUAAAGAAUCCUUAACUGGAAUAGUGCCCAAAGCACGUCUAGUGGCUAGAGGUUUUGAGGAGCUGGCUGCUAAAGAACUCCCAAAAGACUCACCGACAUGCACCUCAGAGUCACUCAGAUUGCUGAUGUCAGUGAUCUGCCAGAAAAAAUGGAAACUUAAUUCCAUAGACAUCAAAUCUGGAUGUUUGCAGGGAACAGAGCUGUCAAGGGACAUUCACAUCCGACCUCCGCCUGAAGCUAAAAGCGAAGGAACACUGUGGAAACUAAAGAAGUGUGUGUAUGGACUGGCAGAUGGAUCACUCUACUGGUACAACAAAGUCAAGGCAACAAUGCUGAAUACAGGUGGAAAAAUGUCACAAGUGGAUCCUGCAGUCUUCUAUUGGCUUGAUCAAGACUGCAAUGUGACUGGAGUACUUGCCUGUCAUGUUGAUGACUUUAUCUGGGGUGGCUCACAGACCUUUGCUUCAACUGUGAUUCCACACCUCAAAGCUGUUUUCUAGGUUGGCCGUGAGGAGCAUGAUCAUUUUUGUUAUGUUGGCAUAGAGUUUAUUACAGUUGAUGGAAAAAUACUGAUGCAACAGGAAAGCUAUAUCAAGAAUCUUCAACCUAUCCACAUGGAUUCUUCAAGAGCCGUACAAAGGAAUUCCCCUCUGUGGAAUUGAAGCUGGUCAAUUGAGGUCAAAGAUAGGACAAAUUUUAUGGGCUGCGAGACAGAGUAGACCUGGUUUGAUGGUUGCAACUUGGCAUCUAACACAAAACACGCCACUGUACAAACCAUUCAUGAGGCAAACAAAGUUGUUCGUAAACUGAAAUCACAAAAAGUGACUUUAAAGUUUCAGCAUGUUGGAAAAGAUGACUCUUUGAAACUAGUUGUCUUCAGUGAUGCUUCGCUAGGUUAACACUGGUGGGACAAAACGGCACUUUCUACCUGUAGUUUGUGUCACUGUCAACUACUCAUUAGUUGAUGCUGUGAAGUCAACCAAGUCUGUCAGAGAAAAGACUUUGAGAUUAGCAGCAUCAAGGAACUUAUUCAAGCACAGAGAAUCCAGCGGAUUCUGUGGUCAACCACAAAGGAAAAGCUUGCUGACUGUCUGACUAAAAAAGGAGCAUCCGGUCUUGUGCUCCUACAGGCUCUCGCUCCUACAGCUCUCAGUAAUGGAAAGUGGCAGCUUGAGUAAUACAAAUAAAAACUGUCACACAACCCAUUUGUAAUGGGGAUCUUGAAUAAUACUUGGACAUUUAAUUAUGUUGUUGAUGUUUUAUUUGUCUUUAAAGAAAAGGGGGAGAUUGUUAAGUUCAUGUUUUAAGUAUCCCUAUAUUUCUGUUAUUAUGGGGCUAUCACUCAGUCAAGAAUGCGCAUGCGCAGGAAGUCUAGUUGGUUGUUGGACCUAGCCUCGAGUGUGAUGGCUACUUGUAUUGUGUUCAUAUAGUAUAGUAAACUUUGUUAAACUGGAACUUUGUCGUUGUGUCAUUUCGAGUUAACAGUAAGCAUCAUU